UGCAGACCCGGUUGGCAGUUGAUACGCUUGCAACCCUUUAUGCAGUCUGGGCGAAAGCUCUGCUUGUGUCGAUGCGAAGCCUGCAAUAAAAGUACUUAACUAUAACUAACUGCAAUAAAUAAUUUCUAAGUGAUCCCCGACGUAGCUAUGACGUCUCGCAAACACAGCAAAAGCUCUUAUAUGUAAAUCGUGAAUAUUGAAUUGACCCAUCACAUCUCAGUCUUUUAAUCAGUGAACAUUUUUUAUAUAUCGGUUGUAGUAGCUCCAUAAUAUUUUAAUUUUGUUACAUUAUUGUCAAUUGUCAACGCAACGCAGCACUGCUUUCCAACGUUGGAGAGAGUAAGACUCGAGAUACAACGAACGUCUCCCUCGUGAAUGCGAUGAAGAAUACUCCUCCUGUGAUGGUUAUAGCAGGGAUUUGCUACUCUAAGGAUUUUGCCGAAUGUGAAUGGAUGUUGAAUAAAUUUCAACAGAGGUGUCCUGCCUGUAAUACAAAAAAGAUUCCCAUGUUAAAGGACGAAUGGACGGGUUUCAUUGAAUCUUUGCUUGGACAUCGAGGGUGGCAACACAAUCCAUCCAACGACGUUAUCGUUUACCGCGAAGCGUUACAACAACCGUUCCAAUAUAUUGGAGGUGUCAGCUCUUUCCAAUUGUACCUGAACCAAUUGUUUCAUUUCAACUGUAGCAGUAUCCCUUUGGAUAAUAUCGAUGGAUAUGUCGCUGACAAUCACUCAGAAGUCUUGCGGUUGCGUGAUUUUUAUAAGGCGAAAGCAGAUCCUGAAAAUCUAUGGAGAGUAUCAAUUAUUGCUACCAAUCAUUUGGAAAUUAUUCCAUUGCGGCUGAUUAAACAUUUUGGAGAGAAAGAUAUUCUUGGCGGAGAUAAGCGCGUUCAUUUGACAGUCCAUAAUACUUCUGCAAAAUUUUCUGAACGGCAUGGGUUUGAAUGGACCAAUGCCGGUAUUGCUGACUACAUGGACGACAACAGCCAUCACCUUAAGCAGCUUUAUGCCGCUAUGUACGAAAGAGAUUUGCAAACCGCCGUAGCCAAUCAAGAUCUGAUCAUCGUACUAUGGUCCAUGCGACAAGAAAUUUACAAAGCACUAGAAGGGCGAACAUACGCUCUGCGCAGUGGGAUGAGUCAAGAACUUUUGUUUCUCAUUGCCCAGGAAAUACACAACGAGUUCGCAAACAUCAGCAAAGCCUUGCAGAUCUGUGGCGAUUUAGAGCACACUAAGAUCUUGCUGGCUAGCAGCAGGCUACAGACGCCGUUGUGCGCGGUAGGAACAUACUUGUAUCAGAAACUAAACGGACGACUGCCGGCAUCCCACAUUCUGGUCAGCGCGGUAGCGCUGGAUCGGAGUUAUCGCAGCGCAAUUGGAGAACAGCUUGGAGUUCGAACUGCUGACGUUUUUGGAACUACAGCCUGGGGUAACCUGGGCGGCACAAUGAUGCUUAAUCCAACAAAUGCGGAAGUGUAUGAGCAUCGCGGGGUCAUCGAGUGCCCAAAAACAGUUAAAUUCUCGCGGCCUUUGUUACAGGUGUUCAGUAAUGCGCAAAAACUGCAGAUUGAUUUCUCUGUGGAUGGGCCGAUGCGACAACACUAUCGAGAAAUGUUGGAAAGUACCCGGUGUUCAUCGAUAUUGACAGCUGAGACCUGUGUGGAUAUUUUGAGCCAAUGGUUUGGAAAUGGCAAAACUUCGCAUCAAAUCCAAACAAAAACCUCUGUAGUCAAACCGUUGGCCGAAUGGUUUUCUUUGGGUGUUGUGACAUCCAGCGAUAAAAACUGGCAUGUACCACCCGGCUACGUUAUUGUCGUACCAGUGAAUUUCAAUCCUGACGGAAAACAUGUCGUGUCGAGCGAAAAAGAGCGUGACGAAAUUGGAGUUAUUUUACAAAAAGCAUUCUUUGAACUCAAGGAAUUCUUGGCUAUGAUGAAGCGUAACUUUGAUACCGCAUCAUCGGAUCUGGUGCUGAUAAACAAUGGUCUCCCGGAUGAAAGCGCGUUACCGAUGGUGAAGUCUCUGAUGUCAGGAUCCGCAGAAAUGGAAAGUACUGGGCACGCUGAUGCCAUGGAAGAGGACACCACGGGUGCGCAAUUGCAAAUUGUGUUAAACGUGAGCAGUGACAAACUGGAAAUGGUCGAAAUAAGAAAUGACGGUGAUCAGAUAAAGAUAGUACUUUAAUGCCGGCUAUAAUGCUUAAUACUUACUUAUAAGGAGCCAAAUUAAGUUUUUGUUUGCUAACAAUGAGAUGUGCUAAACUCUCCCAUGUCUCUGCCAGUCGGAUAGACCAGUUUCGUUAAAAUGCGGUUUUGUAUACUUUUUGGUCGAUGUUGCGUGCACAGGAAACG